UUCCAGAGACCGAGUCUGGCUCAGCUGUCGCUCGCCUGCUCCGCUCGCCUGCUCACACCGUGGUUCUCCACUGAAAUUUCGGUGAGAAUGGGCGACCGAGGGCAGCUUUGACUGCCUGAUAUGAUCACAUGAAGAGGUGUGGUCAGCAUCUUCGGUCAGCGACUCUCAACAGCGAUGCCUCCACAGCGAGUGUCCGCCCUGCCGAGGCAGCAAUCCCUGCUGCUGCCCGCCGUCAUCAACCCCUUCGUCCAGGACACCAAACUCAGCAAAGCUGACAUCGCGAAAUGCGUCCUCCUGGGCAUAUUCCUGGUGCCGAUCCGGGCCGUCCUGCUGUCGCUCGUCCUCACGGUGACAUGGCCAGUUGCUGUCAUUAUAACGUUCAAGCAUCCUCUGAAGGGAGCCGAGCCAAUGACAGGAUGGAGGAGGUUCCUGUGUCAGAAUGUGAUGGCCUUUUUGGGGAGAGCUUACUACUUCUGCAUGGGCUUCAGGGUGGUGGUCAAAGGUCGACAGGUCACCAGCCAUGAAGCGCCCAUCCUGGCCGUCGCCCCUCAUUCCACUUUCUUUGACGGCAUCGUGUGCAUCAUCGCGGGACUUCCCUCCACCGUGUCACGUGUGGAGAACUUGGCUACACCCAUUUUUGGCAGGUUCGUCCGUUGUCUACAACCAGUGCUGGUUUCUAGAAAAGAUCCAGACUCCAGGAAGAACACAAUACAGGAGAUUGACAGCAGAGCCAAGUCCGGAGGGCUGUGGCCACAGGUUCUUAUCUUUCCAGAGGGAACUUGCACCAAUCGCUCCUGUCUCAUCACCUUCAAGCAGGGAGCAUUUAUUCCUGGCGUCCCAGUGCAGCCGAUCCUUCUAAGGUACCCCAACAGACUAGAUACAGUGACCUGGACAUGGCAAGGCUUCAGCUCGAGAACCCUGCUGCUUCUCACACUGUCCCAGCUUUACACCACAGUAGAGAUUGAGUUUCUUCCACCACACAUCCCCACUGAGGAGGAGAAGAAGAGUCCAGCUUUGCUCGCCAGUCGAGUGAGAGAGAUCAUGGCUGCGGCUCUGGGCGUCCCGGUGACCGACCACACAUAUGAGGACUGUCGCCUGAUGAUCUCUGCUGGAGAACUGACCCUGCCGAUGGAGGCGGGGCUGGUGGAGUUCACCAAAAUUAGCCGCAAACUCAAUCUGAAGUGGGACAAUUUGAAGAAAGAGCUGGAGGGCUUUGCAACCAUGGCCACUUCUUGCAAAGGCGGACGUAUCACCAUUUCAGAAUUUGCCAAAUUCCUGAAGCUACCGGUCAACCCAGCCUUGGAGGAACUGUUUACUCUGUUCGACAGGAACGGAGACGGCACCAUCGAUUUCAGAGAAUAUGUGAUUGGCGUGACUAUUUUGUGUCGACCAGCAAACACGGAGGAAGUUCUGCGGAUGGCUUUCAAGCUGUUUGACACAGAUGAAGACCAGAAAAUCACCCGGGAGGAGUUCACAGCACUACUGCGUUCUGCACUCGGUGUGUCUGAUCUCAACAUGGCCAAGCUUUUCAAAGAGAUUGAUGCCGACUGCUCUGGAUACAUCACCUUCAGUGAGUUUGAAGCCUUUGCUACCUCCCACCCCGAGUACGCAAAGCUCUUUACCACAUACUUGGAGCUCCAGAGAUACCAAGCAGUCCAGGAGGCGAGGCCCGGCGACUUGGAGUUGUCCGGCCAGCUUGGUUCCGAAGGCAGCCCGGACGACAGCGUGUCCGACAAGAAGGACGACUGAGUAUCCAGGGACGGAAGACGAUGUAAUAUAUUCUCUCUCCCGGCAGCAUCAUUUCCCAAUACUCCCACAGCAGAGCCAAGUCAUGUGCUUGCCUUUUUUAAAGAGUGCUUCUAUUUUAAAUUCUAGUGCCUUAUAGAGAUUUUAAAACCAACUCUCCCACCACUGCACACCACUCCUCCCUGGUUUAAAGAAGGCAGUUGAAGCCAUUCAUUCGUGUUUUAAUGCGCUGAUGCACUUCCUUGUGUCUUUCCUCGAACCACAACUGUUACACUGGUUUCAACGGUUCAGUAGUUCUGUGUGCUGAUUUCACCUUUAAACAUCCUUGCUGUGUUGGCGACCUGGUGUGUCUUUGUGAGUCUUCUUUUUUGCCAAACCGACACCUUUUCCAAGUCUCUGUGCUGCUGUGUUGCAAUAAUUAGUCUACACUGAGUUUUGUUGAAGCCACAGAUGUUGUGUCUUGAAAACUACGCCCAGCGUCUGUACACUUUUUUUCCCCCCUCCAGCACUCAGGGACGCAGAUCUUGUACGACGACUGUGUAAUUAGCGAGAGCUUUGCUUUGCAUGUGUUUCCAUUUGCAUUUCUACCGAAGAUGUUGCUGGCUGCUGACGCAGCAAAGCGUGUGUGCAGCUGUAAGUUGACUAAUGCAAAAGAAGCAGGCUCCCAAAAUAGAGCAAUUUGUGAGAGCAAAAAGGCGGCAGUGGUUUCUCACAAUUCCAGGGGGGGACCUUCCCACGAGCAGUGCUGGUGUUUAUUUGGCGUGAUUAUAAUCGUGGUUCUUUUGUUGUUGUUUUUUGUUAACACUGCAAAAGUUUGCUUUUUCAAAUUAAACAAAAGAAGAAUUUU